GAUAUGAGGGUCAUUUCAAAAAAAAGAAAGAGAGAUAGACACAAUGGGUGUUACCAUACUUGAUAUUGGCAACAUACUCAACCUUUUCCCUUUUUAAAUAAAAUGAUAGCUAUCUGGUCUCAUGAUUCAUACUUUAUACAGAUUCUAAAUAUCUCAGCGGAGCCAAUCCGACUAUAGAUCAGAAAAGUAGAGAAUAGAGUAGAAGCUACCCUUUUUGUCUCGAGUCCCAACAAUUCUUCCUUCUUAGAUACCCCUCCUCUGCAACCGGUUGGGCAUCCAAUCAGGUAUCCGUCGGCUGGGAAGACCUGGACAUGGACCUCAACACAUGAUGGGUAUGUGCCCCGAGGUCCUUCAGCCGUUAGAUGCCUGGUUGGGUGUCCCAGCGGUUUGAGAGUAUCUUGGUCCUUCGUACAAACAGACUUUCCACUGUGUCCUACCAUUUCAGAGCACAACGCCAUCCUAUCUUCAGGCCUCUACCCCUGAUUCGGUUCUCAAGUUAUGUUAGCAAAGGCAGGGUUGGGUCACUCUUAUUCUCUAUUUGAGACUCAGGCUCAGCCUUCCACCUCUACACGCCACACGAAUGAUAGUGAGGACUACUGAGGAUGGUACCAUCCAUAGAGUCCCUGGUUUUGAAAAUGGUAUCGGAUUGGGUGUAUCGGCUGUAUCAAUUUGAUCCCAAUCCAUAUUGGCCUGGUUGGACAAAAAUAUCGAUCCAGUGAUACAGUAUCGGCCAAGAAAUGGGAUCAGACAGAGCCGAUACCGAUCCUAUUCGAUUCUUCGAACAUGCUUAAGAGACUUGACUGUUGCUGUAGAAACAGUGGAAAUGCAUUAAAAAAUAUAGGAAUGAAUACCAAUAGACACGUUGAAUUAAGACUGAAAUUGGUCAAUCCACAGCCCACGCCACUCCCUAUGUCUAAUGGUCAGAAUUGCCAUAAUCUUCUUCGUUGAACAAUUCUGUAUCUCUCUCUGUGCCUCCUUUUUCUUUCAUUUGAUCAGCUCUCUAUCAGUAGUUACUUCUCCUUGUCCAGUUUGACUACCUCUGUGUCCGACGUCCAAUCUAGAAGAUGGGUAGCUUCGCUUGUGUUGCCACCAUCAUCGCCGUUCUGCUUCUUCUGCCUUCAUAUGGGCAGGCUUUUUAUCUCCCGGGUGUUGCUCCUCACGAUUUCAAUAAGGGUGAUCCCCUCCAAGUCAAAGUGAACAAGCUUUCAUCCACGAAGACACAACUUCCUUAUAAUUAUUAUUUCCUGCACUAUUGCCGGCCUUACAAAGUAGUGAAUAGUGCAGAAAAUUUAGGAGAGGUUCUUCGAGGUGACCGCAUUGAGAAUUCUGUCUAUACUUUUCAAAUGAGAAAGGAAGACUCAUGCAAGGUAGUCUGUCGAGUAAAGCUUACUGCUGAAUCUGCAAGGAAUUUUAAGGAGAAAAUCGAUGAUGAAUAUCGUGUGAACAUGAUUUUGGAUAACCUUCCUGUUGCAGUCCUCCAUCAAAAUGGAAAUCAGUCAAUAUAUGCACAUGGUUUUCAUGUUGGAUUCAAAGGAAGCUAUGCUGGGAGCAAUACUGAGAAAUAUUUUAUAAACAACCACCUGAGCUUCAGAGUCUUGUAUCACAAAGAUCCUGAAAUUGAUUCUGCUCGCAUUGUUGGCUUUGAGGUUGUUCCAAGCAGCAACAAUCACGAGAACAUGGUUUGGAAUACAAGCAGUGGAUUGGUAACAUGCACCAAAACUAUAAUUGAAAGUAGCACUGGCCCACAGGAAGUUGAAGCAGAUAAGGAAGUUAUAUUCACAUAUGAUGUUUCUUUCAAGCCCAGUGAAAUCAAGUGGGCAUCUCGUUGGGACACCUAUCUCCUUACAAAUGAUGAUCAAAUCCACUGGUUCUCUAUUAUAAAAUCUGUGAUGAUUGUUCUCUUCCUUUCUGGCAUGGUGGCUAUGAUAAUGGUGAGAACUCUAUAUAGAGAUAUUGCCAACUAUAAGCAGUUGGAGAAUCAGGAUGAAGCACAAGAGGAAACUGGGUGGAAGCUUGUCCAUGGAGAUGUUUUCAGGGCCCCUAUCAAUUCUGGUUUACUCUCUGUUUUUGUUGGGACAGGGGUCCAGAUCUUUGCAAUGACACUUGUUACGAUGAUUUUUGCGUUACUGGGUUUCCUGUCACCUUCAAACCGAGGGGGAUUCAUGACUGCCAUGGUUCUCUUGUGGUUUUUUAUGGGCUUAUUUGCAGGCUACUCCUCGGCCCGCUUGUAUAGGAUGUUCAAGGGCACAGAAUGGAAGAAGAAUACUUUAAAAACUGCAUUCAUGUUUCCUGGUAUACUUUUUGCAGUUUUCUUGGUGCUGAAUGCACUUAUAUGGGGAGAGCAGUCUACAGGUGCAGUGCCCUUUGGCUCCAUGGUUGCUCUUGUUUUGUUAUGGUUUGGCAUAUCAGUACCAUUGGUUUUUGUGGGUAGUUAUUUGGGUUUCAAGAGGCAGGCCAUUGAGGACCCAGUGAAGACAAACAAGAUCCCUCGACAGAUACCAGAGCAGGCAUGGUACAUGAAACCAGUCUUGUCUAUACUUACUGGAGGCAUACUUCCCUUUGGAGCAAUCUUUAUUGAACUCUUUUUCAUCUUGACAUCGAUAUGGUUGAACCAGUUCUACUACAUCUUUGGCUUCCUAUUCAUUGUCUUUAUCAUUCUUCUAAUUACUUGUGCUGAGAUAACAAUAGUUCUCUGCUACUUCCAGUUGUGUAGUGAAGAUUACCAUUGGUGGUGGAGAGCCUAUUUGACUGCCGGAUCCUCUGCUCUCUAUCUUUUCCUCUACUCAGUGUUCUACUUCUUCACCAAGUUGGAGAUGACGAAAUUGGUGUCAAUUAUCUUUUACUUUGGGUACAUGUUGCUUGUGUCCUGCGCCUUUUUUGUCUUGACAGGGACAAUAGGCUUCUAUGCAUGCUUUUGGUUUGUUCGAAAGAUAUACUCGUCUACGAAAGUUGACUGACACACUGAGGAAGUGGGCUCGAAGGAUGCAUAUCAGUAAGCUCUGAAAAUGAGACUUCUCAAAGUUGAUGCUUGGGAGUGAAAAGGGGAAGAAUGUGCCCUUACCAGCUGGUGCAAAUAGUCUACCUUCCACUGGAGAGCUCUCUUCUGAUUUCCCCGAACUGUCUUUUUGCAGCGAAUGUUUGCUUGUACCUUUCUGUUCCUGUAGUUGUUUAUUUCUUAGUUUAACUCUCUCCCCUCCCCCUCUUUUUUCUUCUUUUAAUGUUUUUGAACUGUAUAUUUCAUUAGCUUUUGUUCAAGAAGCUUUUACAAAGCUAUUCUCAUGGAAAUAAUUGGAUCUGUUGUUAAUCUUUAUUGUGAAUCCUAUCUGAAUGUAACCAUGCAACCUGUGAGUAAUUUAUUUUUCCUGUUCUUCUUGGCA